CUUCCACCGUCCAGUCCAGCAGCUGUCGACAUAGGCUACAACGGAAAACAGGCGAUAUUGGAAGAUGGACUUGUCAGUCAUUCUCUUGGUUGUGAAUGUGGUUGUCCUUGUUGGAGCUUCAGAUGAGAAUACUCCCUCUCACUGGGGCGAUCAUUAUCCCAACUGCAAUAGGGACCGGCAGUCUCCAAUCAACAUCAACACUGAACACGUCAAGGGCAGAAACGACCUGAAGGAAUUCAACCUGGUCAAUUUUACUAAUAAGCAAACCAUGAAACUACUCAUCAAUAAUGGACACUCAGUGAAGUGUAAGCUGGAGGCCGGUGUGGUGGAGGUCAGUGGUGGAGGUCUCCCUGACGAGUACUCCACAAUUCAGUUUCACUUCCACUGGGGACGGGAGGACCUCGAGCACUUUCCUGGGUCGGAGCACUCCAUCGAUGGCCACAGAUACCCCAUGGAGAUGCAUAUUGUCAGUCUGAAGAAAGGCUAUAACGCAGCUCAGGCCAAAGCAGAUCCGGAGGGCCUAUCAGUGCUGGGAUUCUUUAUUGAUGUGAUGGAAGGGGAUGCAACAGGCAUGCCUGAAGUCUGGAAGAAUUUCUCCGACUUUGUGUCAGAAAUACCAAACAAGGGUGAUAAAACAAGUCUCUCCGCACUGAACAUCUCCAUUCAUGACUUACUGCUGGACGUCGACCUGACCAAGUACUACCGUUACAAUGGCUCACUGACCACGCCUGGAUGUGAUGAGGCUGUGGUUUGGACUGUUUUUCAACAGCCAAUCCGCAUCAGUGAAGAUCUGAUAAAGAAGUUUUCCAAAAUGACUGGGUUGAAUAACGUAUUCCGGCCUGUACAGCCACUAAAUGGCCGACACGUGUACACAACCGUGACUGAGAAUCACUCCUCUUCUCCCCCCUCAUGCCUCUUCUCCCUCCUUCUGGUCCUGUCGUCCCUCUUUGCUACUCUGUGGAUGAACCAGAUACAGUAGA